AUGUCUGAUAUCAAAACACCUGGUUUCCAAAGUUCUGAAGUCUUGAAUUCUGUCAAGCAAUCCGUAGAUGUUCUUCCUGCUGAAGAAAAGGCUAAGCUCAUUAAGCAAGUCAAUGGUAUCUUUGAAUUCGUGAUUAAGAAUGGUGAAGGAAAGACAGAAACAUUCACUAUUGACCUCAAGAAGAAUGGAGAUGUUUUUAAAGGAAAGGGCCCAAACAAGGCUGAUGCUAUUAUCAACAUUGGUGAUGCUGAUUUCAUCCAGUUGGCUACUGGUAAAUUGAAUGGCCAAAAAGCUUACAUGUCUGGUAAACUCAAGAUUAAGGGUCAAAUGAUGUUGGCUACUAAGCUUGAUACUGUCUUCAAGAAGCUUGCUGGUGGACAAUCAAAAUUGUAG